GCUCCAUUCACACAUUCAUCUGCAUGCAGCGUCAUAGAGAGACAGAGGAAGUGAGCGAGAGCCUCUCAUUCAUAAAAAAAGAGAAAGUUCAUUCAUAAAAGCUGCACAUUUCUGCUGUGACUCAGAAAGAAAAGACAGAGGGGAGGAAAGUUGUUGUUGAGGUGAAGCAGAGCUGGAAGCCUUGGCAACUGACUGAGAAAGUGUAUGGGUCAGUAGGUUGGGACUGUACUCAGCUUGACUAGCAGACUGGACUCUAGACUCCACAGGACAUCCCCAGCCCCACACUGGUGAGUUGAAUGCACUGAAAUGUACUGCAGGUAUCCCAUUUUAUAAUCUGGGGACACAGUAAGAUAAUUUAUUAAAAAUCAGCUGAUUAGCUAUUCAACCAAAAUGAUCAACGUAAUGCGCGUCAUGCCUCUCUGUAAUUCUGCUAUCUGUAGUCAAAUCUCCUUUAUCAAGUCAAUCCUCUGUUUUUGAUAACUGUCAUUGUUAGUCUAAUUCCUUUUCCCAGGUUUUUCUUUUGUCUUUUUUACUUUGUCCCAGUGCUCUCUUUUGUCCUGUUCCCUGAUUAUGAGAGAGCAAACCUUACUAAGGUUCAAAUCACAGACAGGACUCUUACCAGGCAUGCUGAAGCGCACCAAAUACAGUCGUCUGCGCAACGAUUCGCUGACGUCUCUGGAGGAUCCGCCCCAAAGAAUGCUGACGGACCUGUGCUUAGACUCUGAUUUUGCCCAGCUGGAUCCCAGGAUGCCUACACACCAUGGGCCGUCCACCCUGAGGGACUUCAUUCCCCGCAUGGCCAACAUCCGAUUGCAAAGUCCUAUUUCCCUGCAGAGCCUUAGGGGACAGACAAACACAGCCAGGGACAGAGCCAUUGAUGGACAAACUGACAGACCCUUUUCCGAAACAGAGUGGGGUUCUGGCCCUACUCAGAGAUUUUGUAGCCAACCCUCCCUCAAUGUGCCCCUAUCCACUGGCCACCACCUAACUCAUUUUGCUCUGCACUGCACAAAAAGACCCAUCACCCUGCAUCGGAUGGCCAGCCUCCCCUGGACCCCUAGUUGUCCUCCUCACUCGCAACACAGAGAUGGUCUAUGUUGUCUGAAGAUUUCUUCUGCGGUGGAUGACUGUACAAUGGUACAGACGGCAAACAGAGCUGUUCACCAUCACAUCAAGUACAUGGGUAGUGUGGAGGUGACCCAGUCCAUGAGAACCCUUGACUUUGAAACGAGAAUGCAAGUCACACGAGAGGCAAUCAGCAGACUGUGUGAGAGGGCAUCAGCGCAUAAGACAGCAAUGAAAACUAAAAGGCCUGUAUGCAAGGGACUGUCUGCUAUUCUGGGUCAAAUCAACCUACAGUUUUCUGGGAGCAGGAUCAUCCUCGCUGUCUCCACAGACAGUGUGACUCUGAUCACUGCCUCCUCCUUACAGAAGAUUGCCUAUCACCCCAUGCAGGCCAUUUCAUUUGCCUCAGGAGGAGACCCAGAUAUGGCAGAUUACAUUGCUUAUGUUGCUAAGGGCCCCAUCAAUCAGAGAGCAUGUCACAUCCUGGAGUGUCCCCAGGGCCGGGCUGGUGAGGUUAUCAACAGCAUCGGUCAGGCCUUUGAGUCUCGUUUCCGACAACUUCUCAGCCACACGCCACCGGUCCUCUCGUCCAAUCCCAGGUCAGCAGUGAGAAUCUGUCCCAAAUGGAGCCCAGAGAUAACCACAGACCAAAAGACCAAGCAGCAAGGUGAAGCCAGCAAGUAUCAUGACUACUACAACGUGAUCCCAGGAAAGACGCCACCCGCUGGUGGAAUAGAGGACCUGCGGAUCACAAGGGAGGAGAACAAACAGGAUGCUGUUUGUUGGUCCCAGCCUGUUUCACUGUAUGAGAACUGCUCCAACACAGAAGAAAUUCCAGCUCCAUCUACAGUCUCAGUGGAAUUUGAGGUUAGUGCUGAACAGUGUACUCCUGUCUCUGAGACACGGAUCCAGGACCUGAUCCAGGAAGAGGGCUGGUUCCACGGCAGGUUAGGAAGAGAGCAGGCAGAGUCACUUCUCAGCUGUAGUGGGGAUUUCCUGGUGAGAGAGAGCAGCUCUGCCUCUGGUCAGUAUGUACUCAGUGGUAUGGAGGGAGCCACUGUGCGGCACCUACUGCUGGUUGAUCCACAUGGACAGGUGCGGACCCGUGAUCAGGUGUUUCUGAGUGUUGGUCACCUGGUGCGUUUCCACAUGGAGAACCAGAUGCCUAUCGUUUCUGGGAGCAGCGAGCUGUGUCUGAAACAGCCAGUCCUACUAAGACACUAACACACACACUCAUAGACUGUCACGUGCAUAUAUUACCCUUCAGCGGUUCUCAGUGUUUUUGGAGGUGAGACACAAUGUGCCCCCUCCCCAAAAUGUAAAUCUUUCAACAAUUUUAGCCAUGUGAACAUUUUAAUUCAACCACGUCCUGCAACAUGUAAGACAUCGCUUCCCAGAAUACUUUAGUAUUUGGUCAUUAAAGUACAAAUAUUGUAUAUAUGCAGUGAAUUCUUUAAUUUUCCUAACAUUUGAGUAAAUUCUCACACGUGCACACUGUGCCUCGCCCUGUGUGGAGAACAGCCGCUGGCCCACAGAACAUCCUGUCUCUGUCUCUCAGGCUGAAUUUGCUGGUGUUUACUCAAAGUUUAAGCACAAUAACUGGUGUCGGGAGGAAAUUACCAGAAUGUUGGCAGACUUUCAGGAUAAUUUUUUUACAGGCUAAAUUUGUCUUGUGUCUAUUCAUUUUGAGUUUUUAUUGUUUUGUGUCCCCAUUUCCCAUGCUUGACUUUUGAAAAUAAAUUUUCAUUGCACUUAUUUGUUUCAUACUGAAUGGAGUUCAAAUGCUCUGAAAACCGAAAGAGAUUUGCAGUUUAGUCUCAGAAGCUAUCAAAUAUGCAAAAAGUAAUGAUUUUGUUCUCUAUAAAGUGUAAUGAAAUACAUCUUCAAUUAUUUUACAGAAUGGAGUGCUGGACUUUGUAAUUUCUUUCUUGUAAAACCCCCAACCACAAAAACAUUUCUUUAUUUCUUCUUACACCUGUGGACAACUCAACUUACAUCAAAUCGUUAACAGAGGUACACAUCUAACAAGUCACAAGACAAAAGUGUAGACUGGCUGUCAUAUAGAAAACUGGAAAAAUGUAAUGUCUUGUUUUCUUCUCUGUAAAAAACAAAAACAAAACUAAACUUAACAGAUGUUUUAAUGUGCUGCUCUAGGGAGGUUGCAAGUGCGAACCAAUUUGCAUUGCAGCAUUUGCAUUCAGCAAGUGCACACGUCCAUUAGUCAGAGAAAUUUACAUAACACAAAAUU